AUGUUCGAACUCUACGGUCACAUACCAUCGGUGAGUUUUAUUUCAAUUUACAUAAACUAUUUUUAACUAUUUUUUUGAAGCAAAAUUCACUCAAUCAAAAUAGUAAAUCAAAUGGUAAUAUAAAUGGUCAUAAAACUCUACAAACUUAUUGACCUACUUUAAGAUUCAAAAAACCAUAAUAAAGUACCUCAAGAUGGACGAUCUCUGCUCACUAUGCAUGGUGAACAAACAAUAUUACGCUACAGCAGCGCUAGAUUUUAAAACGUUGUGUUACAGUAACCUUGUUUAUCGUAUUGCUGGUGAGACAUGGGCCAAGGCUUUUCAACAGUAAGUUUAAAGAUUAACUAUUACUUUACUAUGCAACUUUGAAGUGUAUAGACCAAUAAAAAUAAAUUUUAGUAUGACCUUUCUCUAAAUACCCUAUACCACUUACAGAGCUCAGCAACGUAUCAGCAAGGUCCACAGUAAUGUAGCCUGGUGCAAGGACAUCGUCUACUGUCCGUACUCAGGGAGACUAGCUUACGUAUUGUGUAACAACCAAGUCAUGCUGACUCAUAUUGACUUAGCUAGCCCACAAUGUGAAGUUAUACACUUCUGUGUGGAUUCAGAAGAUGCUAUUGACAAUAUUCAGCUAAUUAACGAUGGCAGACGAAUCAUUGUUGAUACUCUAACACAUCACAUUGUGUACAAUAUAAAGGAGAAACAGGUUGUCGCCACUCAGGAGUUUUGUUAUCCUACAAAACAAAUGACAUUCUACCGUAAUCCUCAACUUCAACACGGCCGUAACACUGUCAUCUUAGAUUCAGAUGAUAAGCUACUUGACCUGUACACAAUGAAGGUGUUUGACCUUGUCUUUGUCCUGAAUCAUAAUAUUGUUGAUGUAGAUCCAACGACAGGAAGAAGGUACUUUCUCUACACUCAUGAUGCAAAUUUCAUGGUUUUGGAUACCACAAUAUCACAAUGGCAAAAGUUAUGUGAUGUUAGGAAACGUGAUAAUGUAUUCGUCGUGCAGAAUCCAGCGUUCGCUAUUAUUGAACGUUAGUUUACAUCUGUUUUAGUAUUAUCGGAAUAAGAAUACCUACUUUAACAUCUGCAUCAUCUAUGUUAAUAUUGGAAUAGUAAUGUCAUCUUAUAUAAUCUUUUUUUCAGGACAAAAUUCAAUUGAGAUCUACAAUUUGAGAACGGCCGAACCAGUGUUCCAAUGUGAGAAAGACAACGAUGACUGUGUGGACUUUGUACCAUUUUCCAAAUGUUGCUUCUGUAUUAUGACAGAUUCUGGAAAUGACAAUGUAGGUGUGAUUACACAAAGUAAAAUAUCUCUAGUAUAUAUCAUACAAAAAGGAUAUAGACACAUGGAAGGCGUCUGUUCUACAAAAAGAUAAAGACUACGACGAGAUAGAAGGCGUCACUGAUCGCUACAAGCCUUGCUCAAGCUUACGAUACUCUUGUCUUGAGACUAGCAUUCCCAUAUGUUACAUCGACUGGACUAAAAGUAAUUUUUAAUCAAGUGAUUUAAAAUUAAAUAAUGUUUAGAAAAUCCUAUUCGGAUUCCAUAUUCUGCUACUACAAAAACAUACGGUGCGUUAGACUUACUCGUGCCAAAGAUACAAGAAGAAUUUGCAGAAAACGACAAAAUAGACGUUAUGACAGUGUUUAUGGACAAAAUCAAAAAGCUUUAA